ACUUGGAUUGUAUGUCAUUAAAUUCUGCUAUUAUAUUAAUGUUCUAUUUCAUUUAGACAUUUCAUAUUGUACGUGCUGCAUAUCAGGUUAUUCAAAACUAUUUUAAUCCACAGCAUUUGAAAGAACAAUCGUGCGUUUAAAACAAGUGCUGAUUCAGGACGGUGCAGUUCUUAUAACUGGGUCACAUUACUUUUGAGUUCAGUGAGCAGGAGGCAGGACUUGGGACAACCUCUCUCUUUACUGUAAGUUCUCUUUCUUACCUUCUCAUAAACUGCUUGCAAUGCAUUGCUGCUUUGACUUGUGAAGAAACAACAAGUACUUGAUCUGAUUUCAACACAGCAUACUGAAGUUAAAGGGAAAGCCAUGAAUUAUUCCUCAACAAACACAACAUCUUGUGAAGACGGCACUGACGGCUUCAAACAGAUCAUGUACCCUGUAACGUACAUUAUUAUUUUUGCACUGGGAAGUGCUGGCCACUCGUUAUCUAUCUGUGUCUUCUUCAAACAGUGGAAAAAACAGAGGAGUUUAACGCCAGUCAACUUGUUAAUGGUAAACCUGUUGUUUUCAGACCUGAUGCUGGUCUGCUCUUUGCCCUUGAGGGUCGCCUACUACUUACAACACUCCUACUGGCCGUUUGGUGACAUCCCAUGUCGACUCAGCUUUUACGUGUUUUAUCUCAACAUGUACAGCUCGGUCUAUUUUCUGGUGGCUCUUAAUAUCUUGCGUUACAUAGCGCUGGUAUGGCCGUACCUGUACAUGCGCAUGCAGACCAGCUGCGGUGUGGUCAUCAUCUGCGCCAGCAUUUGGAUAUUGAUGGCUUUGGCCUGCAGUCCGCUGUUGUUCUCCAGCACAGAUAAAGAAAAGGUGGGCAGUACUCGGUGUCUGGAGCUAUCGUUGGUGAAUGUGGACAAAAUGCUCUUCAUUAACAACAUCUCACUUGUUAUGGGCUUCGUGGUGCCGUUGGUGAUCAUCAUUUUUUGCUCUGUAUUUGUCGUGAAGAGUCUUCUGACUCCUAGUCCUGCGCUUGGCAAGACUAGACCUUCAAGGAGGAAGGCGUGCGCUUUGGUCAUCAUCAGUCUUGGGAUCUUUCUUGUCUGCUUCUUGCCUUAUCACGUAGUAAGGACAGUCUUCUUAUCUGCUGAGAAACAGCUCAAGAUGAAUGGAAAUUCGAGUUGUAACUCCAUUUGGGUUGUGCGCAAGGCCGCCGUCAUAACACAUUGCUUGUGUACUACCAACAGCUGUCUGGAUCCCUUGCUUUUCUUUUUUGUCGGGGAAAAUUUCAGAUCGUUCUCUGCAAAGUUUCUGGCAAGAAGAAGAACGAGCAAAAUGAGAAGCACUUUGCGACAGGAAGAGCUGCAGGUUUUAAAGAAGUAAAUGAAAUGGAUGGACAGAUAACAAAGACUUGAGGGAACGCAUUGUUUUUUAGAUAAUUCUGCAGAAGCAGGAAACAACUUCUUUUGUGUUUUGUUUAACCUUUUGUUGUGAUCAGACACAUGGAGGUGAAAAGCUAGAGAGGAGUGCUUUUGGGUAUUAGUAAGCAUUCCUUUUCAACGCCGGUAUCUGUGUAAAGCUGCUUGCUGUCUGUGCUACCACCAGUAGCAUUGCAUUGCAACAUAUUGACACUUGCAAUGUAUUACAUAUAUAUGUUGUCACCUUAUAGUUUAAAGAACAAACACCAAACUGAUAAAACCACAAUACUCAGACAAAUGCACAAAUUGAAGUCAUGCCUUAUGUUUAUUUAUUUCUUUGCUUAAGAGCAUGCAUGAGCUAAAUGUAAAUGUUAUAACAGUGUUGUUAGAUUUUAUACCUUGUUUCAAACAUUACAUUAAAAUGGUUUAGAAGCAAGAUAUUUUAACGAAUGGUUGUAACCAAAUCGUUCAUGAGCCCUCUAGUGAUGUGAAUGAUCCCUUAUGCCAUAUUUGUGCAACCUUAUGUAUAAAAAAAUCAUAGUAUAGCCUUUAGUAUGUUUCUAGUAUAUAUAGGCCUUAAAGUGUGUCAAUCCUGUAGUGAGGUUUCACAUCCGGCGUCAUCACUUAUGUGGCCCAUGAAUUGAGCCCUAUCAGGAAGCAUAAUGCUUGUGGCUUCCUGAAGGCACCUGUUUCUCACAGUCUAGCCUAUCAGAACAUUAAACCGAGUCUUUGUACAUAUUUGUACCCAGACGUAUUUUUCAAAGGUGUAUGCUUAAUGUAUUUGUUGUUAUGAGGUAGUUCACGAGGAAGUUUUCUCGUGUGUCGUGGAGCGUGUAAUGACGUUUAACAUCAGUUGAUAUCUUUAUUUCACAUCUGCACCUUCUUCAUUAACCAUGAAACCAAAAAACAUGGUUAAAUGGCUACUGUAGUAAAUACAGUAAUCAAUUAUAUGCAAAAUAUGGUUAAUUUUGUAACGGCUCAUUUGCAUUUGACUUGUUUUGUUACACUGCAUUCAGUGUCAUGAUGACAAUCUACACAAGUCUUUCUAUUCUGCUUCUAUUUUCUAUUCUUACCAAUAGAAGAUAUAAAACUACUGACGUCACCGUUUCCAGAGCAAUUGUUUUGUUUGUACAUCAAAAGAUUGCUCUGAUUGUCAAAACAAUACUGCUUCCUCUUUCGUUUAAUCCAUAAAUGGAAGUGCCUUUACCAAAGUACCUCCCCUUAUAACACAUCUUAAGUUGAAAUGCAUAAGAAACAUAAAUCAUUACACGUGGUUGUGUCUUAAAGUUUUCAGAGCUGCCUACCCUGCUGAAAAAAACAAUAAAACCAUUACAGAAAAUUCUAAUGGUUUCCAUUAAAAUACUAUUAGCUUUUACCAUUAAAACCACUACACUGUAGUGUUUUGGGCCAUAUUCCAUUAGAACCAAUACAUGCCAUUAGAGACCAACAAAAACUAAUACACUGUAGUGUGUUUUGGGCCAUAUUCCAUUAAAACCAAUAAAAUUCCCAAUGAAACCAAUAAAACCAUUAGAAUUUACUGUAAUGGUUUUAUUGUUUUUUUCAGCAGGGUACCUAGACUCUUAAUCAUAAAGGUACUUAAUAUGUUUUAGUUUAGUUGUGUGUUUCCAUAAAAAGCCAUCCACGUAACCUUUUUAUUGCACAAAAUGUUGAUUUGUUACGUCAACACAACUGUAUGCGCUUAGCUGACUGAGAAUACGCCAUAUAUGCUGUCUAUGUAGUCAGCUCACUAUAGGUUUUGAAAUGUAACCCCAUUUAUGGUUGCUUUUAAGGGUUUGUGAUUACAACUGUUUAUUCGAGCAAAAAUAUCAUAAUCUCGUAACAUUGUCUUGUAAAAUUGUGGUGAAUGAAAAUUAUUUAUAUUGUGUUAUUGUGCUGGGCAGGGUUUUUCCCAGCGUGCUUACAAAUACUGAACAGUUCUGACAGUUAAAUGUUAUUUAAUGUGUAUGUAAACGAAAUGUUUUAUGUUCUGUUUUAUUGUUUUUGUUUAGUCAUUUUGCUUGUUACUGCAUUUAAAUAACAGGGUUUAUGGUUGGAGGAUGUAUUGUUGAAAAUUGCCUAAAUAAAGGAGCAAUUAAUAACAAUCUUCUCUUUAUUUUACCCUCCAAAACUACAUUAAUGUGCAAUAUUAAUAAUGUUAAAAUAUCCCAACAUUUUUAGAUUCUAAUUCGUGGUUGGGAGAAAUAUGGAAAUUUCCCCAA